CUGAGAAGGGCCGUACUGAACGAUUUCGCUUCUCGGCUGGACAAUAAGGAGCUGCGAAAAUUUGAGGAGUCCAAUCUUUCCACAAAUGUACGAAAGUAGAGCACCUCGUCGGAGGCGAACUGUCGACCACACCCGAGCAAGAAAAGCAAAAGAGAUACACCCGCGCCAGUUUGCUUUGAAGGAAAGCGCCACCUCCUCACUUAUGAUUGGCGGGGGCCAAUAUCGUUGUCAGCGUUGGGGAGUCACGAAUUACAUGUAACGAGAUUACAUCAUUUAAUUACAAAAUCUAUGUAAUUCUUAUCUAUUACAUUACCGGGAGAUAGUGAUAGCGAUAGUGUGUAAUUCAAUUCCAGGAUUACAAUUUUAUUUACAUUUGAAAAAUAGCUGCAAAGCUCCGAUUUUAUUUUAUUUUAUUCCCCCCAAAUCGCGUCCUCUUCGAGAGCCGACGCUUCUGAUUGGCUGUCUCUGGUCAUGUGCCAUUCUGCCGUAGUCUCAAACAUGGCAUAUUUUUCCAAAUAAGCUCCACGUUGUUGAUCCAUUCUAUUAAGAAAAAUUAAGAAAACUCAUCAAAAUAUAAUAAAAUGUCAUUAGUUGUAUUACUUCGAGAAAGUCAUUGAGUUAAUGACACUACGAUUAAAGUUUCAACAGGAUAACUUGUAAUUGGAACCAACUAAUUUUUUUACAAAGUAAGCUUCUCCAAAACUGCACGUUGCCUCGAUGGAGAAUGGCUGCUGGAAAAGAACUAAUUAUCCCAGCUGCCGUUACCUCACCUGCAAGCGUCAGCUAAACUCGGUUCGGUUCAGCCGCGCUCGCUAGCCUGUGAGCCCACCAGCCCCUUCCCUCGCCCCAGUCGUCCCGAAUCCCCCCCAAUUUUCCCAGAGGCCUUCGCCAUGACGUCCGUGCGGUUCACCGUGACGCCCACCAAGGCGGAGGACCACCCCGGGCUGUCCGACACGUCGCCUGAACUCAGCUCCCGCUCCGGCACCCACGUGCGAUUCGGCUCCCGGGAAAGCGUCAAUCGAAGCGAGCCGCCUAGCGACACGUCGGGAGGGGUCACGGCGCCGGCGGGAGGAGGCGGGACGGAAACGCCGGACUACAGUAACAUGGAGCAAGGGGAUGGAAAUUCCAAACUCUCCAGCGUGUACAUCAACAACAGCCACGGCGCGGAUGACGACGACUUGUACGACAGGAACCUGGCCUUGUUUGAGGAGGAGAUGGACACACGGCCCAAAGUGUCGUCUCUGCUCAGUCGGCUGGCCAACUACACCAACCUGAUGCAGGGCGCCAAGGAGCAUGAGGAAGCUGAGAGCAACAGCGAGAAGAAGAAGGCCAAGUCGCCACGCAUGGGGACCUUAAUGGGCGUGUACCUGCCGUGUCUGCAGAACAUCUUUGGCGUCAUCUUGUUCCUGCGUUUGACCUGGGUGGUGGGGACCGCCGGCGUGUUGCAGGGCCUCUGCAUCGUCUUCAUCUGCUGCUGCUGCACGAUGCUGACCGCCAUAUCGAUGAGCGCUAUCGCCACCAACGGAGUGGUUCCAGCCGGAGGCUCCUACUUCAUGAUCAGCCGCUCUCUGGGUCCAGAGUUCGGGGGUGCUGUUGGUCUGUGCUUCUACCUGGGCACCACCUUCGCAGGAGCCAUGUACAUCCUCGGAGCCGUCGAGAUCCUGCUGAUGUACAUUGCGCCAGAAGCGGCCAUCUUUACUGCCAUAGGGCUGGAGAGCGAGGGUGCGGCUAUGUUGAACAACAUGCGCGUCUACGGCUCCCUCUGCCUCCUCCUCAUGUCCUUGCUGGUAUUUGUGGGCGUCAAGUAUGUCAACAAGCUGGCGUCCGUCUUCUUAGCCUGCGUCAUCGUCUCCAUCGUCUCCAUCUACGUUGGCGCGCUGGUCUCCGCCUUCAAGCCGCCCAACUUCUCGGUAUGUAUGCUCGGAAACAGAACCAUCAACGGCCACGAUCUCGUCGACGACCGGUGUGCCAAAACCGUCCUGCUUUCGGCCGAGAGGGAGUCCGCCAACGAGACGCUUCCCGGCGCAGACGCCAACACCACAGCGCUCCCGACACUGGAGCCCAGCCCAAGCCCCGGUCCCCCUCUGGCGGAAAAGACCACGUACUUGUGGAGCCGCUUCUGCCAGAGCGCCGAGCUCAACGCCUCCUGCGACGACUACUUCACCGCCAACAACUUCUCCCGUAUCGAAGGCAUCCCCGGUUUGGCCAGCGGCGUCAUCACCGAGAACCUGUGGAGCUCGUACCUCAGCAAAGGAGACGUGGUGGAGAAAGGCUCCUUGAGCUCCUCCCAAGGAGCGCACGCUGCGUCCACACAGCAGCCUUACGUCUUUGCUGAUAUCACCACAUCCUUCACUCUGCUGGUGGGAAUCUUCUUCCCUUCCGUCACCGGAAUCAUGGCCGGUUCCAAUCGGUCAGGGGACCUGAAAGACGCCCAGCGUUCCAUCCCCAUUGGGACCAUCCUCGCCAUCCUCACCACCUCCUUUGUUUACCUAACCAGCGUUCUUUUAUUCGGCGCCUGUGUUGACGGCGUGGUCCUCAGAGACAAGUUCGGAGACUCGGUCAAAGGGAAUCUGGUGGUGGGCACGCUAGCCUGGCCUACCCCCUGGGUCAUUGUGGUGGGCUCCUUCUUCUCCACGUGCGGCGCGGGCCUCCAGUCGCUGACGGGUGCUCCAAGACUUCUGCAGGCCAUCGCCAAGGACAACAUUAUCCCCUUCCUUAGGGUGUUCGGUCACGGCAAAGCAAACGGCGAGCCCACCUGGGCACUGCUGCUGACAGCCCUCAUCGCUGAGCUGGGCAUCCUCAUUGCAUCUCUGGACCUGGUGGCUCCCAUCCUGACCAUGUUCUUCUUGAUGUGUUAUCUGUUUGUCAACCUGGCGUGCGCCCUGCAAACCCUCCUGAGGACGCCCAACUGGAGGCCGCGCUUCUCCUACUACCACUGGUCCUUGUCAUUUUUGGGGAUGACGAUCUGCCUGGCGCUCAUGUUCAUCUCCUCCUGGUACUAUGCAAUCGUCGCCAUCGUCAUUGCAGGCAUGAUCUACAAGUACAUCGAGUACCACGGAGCCGAGAAAGAGUGGGGAGACGGCAUCCGCGGGCUCUCGCUCAGUGCCGCCCGUUUUGCCCUCUUGCGGUUGGAAGAAGGCCCGCCGCACACCAAAAACUGGAGGCCUCAGCUGUUGGUUUUACUCAAGCUGGACGAAGACGCGCACGUCAAGUCUCCUCGCCUGCUGACCUUUGCCAGCCAGCUGAAGGCGGGAAAAGGCCUGACCAUCGUGGGCACCGUGGUUUCCGGCAACUUCCUGCACAGCUACGGAGAGGCGCUGGCGGCGGAACAGACCCUGAAGCUUCUGAUGGACAAGGAGCGAGUCAAGGGUUUCUGCCAGUGCAUCGUAGCGCAGAAGGCGCGUGAAGGCAUCAGUCACAUGAUCCAGUCCAGCGGCCUGGGUGGGAUGCAACCCAACACCGUGGUGAUGGGAUGGCCUCAUGCCUGGAGGCAGAGCGAGGAUCCGCAGUCCUGGAAGACCUUCAUCCACACGGUGCGCGUCACCACGGCCGCACACUUGGCCCUGCUGGUGCCCAAAAACAUCUCCCUGUUCCCCAGCAACAGCGAGCCGUGCGCCGACGGCUACAUGGACGUGUGGUGGAUCGUGCACGACGGCGGGAUGCUGAUGCUGCUGCCUUUCCUGCUGCGCCAGCACAAGGUGUGGCGCAAGUGCGGGAUGCGCAUCUUCACCGUGGCCCAGAUGGAGGACAAUUCCAUCCAGAUGAAGAAGGAUCUGGCGACCUUCCUCUAUCACUUGCGCAUCGAGGCCGAAGUGGAAGUCGUGGAGAUGCAUGACAGCGACAUCAGCGCAUACACUUACGAGAGGACCCUGAUGAUGGAACAGAGGUCCCAGAUGCUCCGCCAGAUGCGUCUUUCCAAAUCGGACCGCGAGCGAGAGCGGGUUCGCUGGAGUUUUGAUGAUAUGUCACCCCGGUGCCGACAAUGCUGGAAGAAAUGCUGGAUUUGCCAAAGACCUGACAAACCCUGUUUUUCCGCCGCCCCCGCGGCGCAGGCUCAGCUCGUCAAGGACCGCAACUCUAUGUUGCGACUGACGAGCAUCGGCUCGGACGAGGACGACGACACGGACGGCGGCGAGCGGGACCGAGCGGCGGCCGGCGACGGGUCCUCGUCUGAACGCCAUCGCCGCGUUCAAAUGACCUGGACCAAAGAGAAGGCCUCGCAGUACCGGGCCGCGCAUUCUGGAUGCUCCACGCCGGAGGGCUUCCGGGACAUGCUCAGCAUCCGGCCUGACCAUUCCAACGUGAGGAGGAUGCACACGGCCGUCAAGCUCAACGAGGUCAUCGUCAACAAAUCCCACGAUGCCCGAGUAGUCCUGCUCAACAUGCCGGGACCGCCGAGAAAUCCAGAGGGAGAUGAGAACUACAUGGAGUUCCUGGAGGUUCUAACGGAGGGUUUGGAGCGUGUUCUGCUGGUCCGAGGCGGAGGAAGUGAAGUCAUUACCAUCUACUCCUGAUGAGACGUCAGCUUUGAAAGGAGCUGUCUAUCUACUGGAAGUGAGAGGGUGGGGAGGUCAUCUGCUGCAUGGUCCGCCGCUUGUCACUCGUCGUCACUCUUUUGUCAUGACACACGCACGCCUUUUCCAUUCCACUGGCGUCAGACUGCAAUGAUUUAAAAAAAAAAAUAAUAAUAAAUAAAAUAAAGCAUCGUGCUUUUGUGAAAGUCAAACGAGUGUGUUUUCCCGCUGACGGUCAUUGCAAGAUGUCAUGCGUCAGAGGCUGUCGUUACUCUGACGAGACUCAGGGUUGAAUUUUUGUCUUUCUUUUUAUGAUCACGAUAAAUGUUCAUUCCAAAUGUUGGACUUUUUGUCUUGCUUUGCACUUUUGUUUCCACAAUAGCAAUUUACAUGGUUUCUUAUCUCCUGUCAUUUUGAACUGCUGUACAUGGAUGGCAUACUUUUUGUUUGUUUCUGGUGACAGAACGGAUCCGUGGUAGUUCUGUUGUGAUGUAACGGACAUUUCACACAUUCGCUAAUUCUUCACCUGCACCUCCCGUGAUGACACUUUCCUGUGUAACUGCAAUACCGUCAAUAUUCCCAUGAGCAAAAGUCUCAAGAGGUUGGCCCUUUUCGAGACGAGACGAGAAAUGGACCAUCCCGAUGGAAAUGACCAGAAUGCAUGUGUGCGUUUUCAGAAACUAUUCAUGUGCUGAUGUGCCGCUGUCUGCGUGUGUGAAUGAGAGCUUGUUGCAGACGACGAGCCGUGAACUGCUUUUUCCUUCCGCAGAUUUUAGUGUUACAGUGCAGGGAUUUAUUUUUGUUUGUCUUUGAAACAUUCGUUUAUUGUCUGUACAUACAUACAGAGAUUCCAAUUUGGUUUUUUUUUAAUGACACAAAUAUGAAAUGUGGCAUAACAUUUGUUUGUGUUUACAUUUUGGGAAUAAAGUGAUUUUGAAGAAAAAAAAUAGUUGCACGUU